GCGAGGAUGAAGAUGCAUGAACAAUACGUCAGGACAUCGAGCUGAAGCCUGACCCGACGACCAUCCAUUUCUCCCACCGCCGCGCCGCGCUGGUCGAGGCCAAUGGGGCCGCCGCGUAUAGCGGUCCGCCCCGGUCAUCGGCCGACGGGACGCCGUCCUUCCCGCACCUCCCAUAAAUUGUCCGAGGCCCGGUCUACUGACACAUGGCGGCUCAGCGUCCAUUCCGGCCAGGCCUGGGAUGGCGGCAUGGUUCUGACACCGCAUCUGUCAGCGCGACAUAGUGCACCGACUCCGGCUCCCGCGGUCAGCCACCGGCACCGGGGGCGCACCUGACUCGAACUCGCCGUGCUCAGAGUGCCAACAAUCUCACAGCGUCACCGUCCAGUCGCGGUCGCCCGUCACAGCCGCUGACGAUGGGUGUCCGGUCACCGUCCGUUGUCGACCGAGGCCGCUGUGCCGCCGUCAGCCACGCCGCGGGCGGUGCCGGUCACCCCCGAAUCGCGACCGUAUACCGACCGGCAGCGCCCAGUCGACGCGACGCCAGCGACCAGUCGACGCGCCGCCGCCGAGCCGCGCGCGACCCGGCUAUCAGCGGCGCCCCGGUCACAUCGGCGUGCCUCAGAGACCAGGUGGCGGAGUGACAGACUAAAGGAGACUGAGUGACGGAGACACCGAUAGACGAGUUAGAGUGAUAGAGUGACAGAGAAACGGAGAGACGAGUUAGAGGAAACUGAGUGAUAGAGUGACGGAAAUACGGGGAUAGAGUGACGAAGACGGAGCGACGGAGAGAACAGAAGACGUGGGAGCGACGAUCCGUAAAGUUGCGAAGCUGCAACGCUGCAAAUUAACAUGAAUACCCAAGACUUCUCGCAGGUGGUCGAGAUAGCCAGGAGGGAAUUCCAGUCCGGAAAGACAACCGACAUUAAAUUCCGGAAGGCGAACCUGCGCGGACUGCUCCAUUUCUAUCAGGAAAAUGAGACCGAACUGGCUGACGCGGUGUAUGCAGACUUGGGAAGGAUACCGGAUGAGACGAUCGUUGCUGAGAUCUCUCUCUUGCUAAGGGACGUCAAGACGAUGCUGGCCAACGUCGAACACUGGUCCCAACAGAAAACGGUGGGUCGCAGCCUGGCCACCCUGCUGGACUGGCCGUACGUGCGGCCCCAGCCGCGCGGCCUGGUGCUCAUCCUGUCGGCGUGGAACUAUCCGCUGCAGCUGUCGCUGCUGCCGCUCUCUGGGGCCAUCGCCGCCGGCUGCUGCGCCGUGCUCAAACCGUCCGAGCUGGCGCCCGCCACGGCCGCCCUGCUGGCCGACCGGCUGCCCCGCUACCUGGAUUCCACCUGCUACCCGGUCGUCUGCGGCGGCGUGCCAGAGAGCCAGCGGCUGCUGCAGCUGCGCUUCGACCACGUGUUCUUCACGGGCAGCACGGCCGUGGGCCGGCUGGUGGCCGCCGCGGCCAGCCAGCACCUCACGCCCGUCACACUGGAGCUCGGAGGCAAGAGCCCGGUAUACUUGGACGACUCCGUCAACAUGGAGUACGCAGCCCGGCGCAUUCUCUGGGGCAAGACCGUGAACCUGGGACAGACGUGUAUCGCCCCCGACUACCUGCUCUGCACAAAGGCCACAGAGGAAGCGUUCUUGGAGGCCGGUAGACGUGUGCUGCAUCAGUGGUUCGGAGAGCGGCCCGAAGAUUCUCCGUCACUCGGAAGGAUGCUCAACAAAAGACACUUCAGCCGGGUGAGGAAGCUGCUGGAGAACAGCGGCCGGGUGGCGCUCGGAGGCCGCUGUUUCGAGCAGACUCUCAUCAUCGAGCCCACCGUGCUGACCGAUGUCCGCGCCGAGGACCCCGUGAUGGAGGAGGAGAUCUUCGGACCCGUGCUGCCGAUCAUCACCGUCAGCUCGGCCGACGACGCCAUCCGCUUCAUCAACUCCAGGACGCCCCACGCACUCUCGCUGUACAUCUUCUCCAGUCGGCGGGAUGUCAAGGACCGAUUCAUCCGAGAGACCGACUCGGGCACGGUCAUGUGUAACGACACCAUGUACCACGCCAUCGUGGAGCAGCUCCCGUUCGGAGGCGUCGGCACCAGCGGCAUGGGCGCCUACCACGGCAAGCACUCGUUCGACACGUUCAGCCACUACAAGUCGGUGCUGGAGCGCAACUACAACCCCGUGGCAGAGCUCUGCUGCUCCGUGCGGUACCCGCCGUAUGAGCCCACGAAGACGCGGCUGGCCAAACUGCUGCUCAAGAACCCCGCUGUGCCCGACCUGAGCGCCGUCAAAUACACCAUCGUGUUCCUGCUGGGACUACUGUCGAUUUACCUGAUACGCGUCUUUGCCCAGGCGCUGGGGUACGAGGACCGACUGCCCGACUUCCUUGCCUAGCCGACCGGCCUGCAAUACGGACUCAAACCGUACCAAAACACAGCAAUACUCAAAGAUCGUCCGAACGGCUCAGUGAGAGGCAUCCCUGGGCCAUAGCGUCGGCGCGUUACCCCACCAUUGACUGCUCAUGACGGCGGUGAAAAUGCACAGCCUUCUAAUUGCCUUCCUACGAGCACCACUCUGUUGUGGGAUUUCGGCAGGAGCUCGAUAAAGUUGCAACCGCACAGAAGUGAGGUCCAGAUGCAUGGUUACCAUCUCUCAAGGGUGACUUUGUUCAAUGCUCACUGUUCAGCUCCAGUGUCCCGCUCACUUCCCACACUGGUACAAAACGGGUGCAGUGACUCGCUUUUGUUUUUUAGGCGCGUGGGUGUUUUUAUAUUUGUUAACGGUUCUGAUGUGUACAAACUGUAAUUCACAGCUAUAAACCCCAUGGUCAUUUAGGUGCAAUCGAAAUAAAGGGCCAGUAUUAAUAUUUUAUGCUGCGCUGCUAAAAUCCAAAACUAUAACAAACCGUGACUCGUGAGUGAUGAGUGCAAUAUGAUUUGGGGUUUGCAGUGCAAUUACAAACUUUCAUCUCCAUCAAAAACUAGCCCAGUUCAAGUCAACGCUGACACCAAAAUCUCCAGAUUGAGCCUGGUUGAAAACCUCAUAUUCCCAAUACACACGCUGAAUAUAAGGUGCAGUAUAUUCCAAAGCACGCUUUGGAUUUAGGCGUAGAUCGCCUUCACAAUAACACACGAAUAUCGGCCGAUUCAGUGUAGCUCGAUCUGACACGUGGGGUGCUCCCCAAACAACAGCACGUGACCUAGUGCUACCCGUCGCCAUGACAACCGCGCCGGACCAGCGCCGACAGGACGGAAUGGUGUAUGUGUAUGCGUGUUUCGUGUAUGUGCGUGUGUAUGACAGGUAUGGCGGCGCGACAAGUGUGGAUGGAAAGCUGAUCACUGCUGCCCUAUUACCAUAGCCUGUUAACAUUUUCCACAUCACACAUCAGAGAGAUCAGAUAAAACGAACGGCUGCCUAAGGUAGCUGCGAGUGUGUGUCUGUGUUUGUGUCACAACAGCGCUACAAAACAUGCACAGGACACCGGUCAGCUUGACAUACACAUCAACACAAUGACCAAUAUAGAAUACAUCAGAGCGUG